CUCAGUCGGGGAAUGCAGCCUGACUGUCCUGCGAAGUUUCCUGCCACAUAUUUCCAACUACGGUUCACUGAGAAAUGGAGACUGAGGUGUACACGGCUGUAGUGAAGUAAAAGGAGUAACCAGUGGAAAUCUAACGGUUAGUGUCCUAGAUCUGAGCAACUGCAUCUCGGCCUCAACAGAAACCCUUCAUCACUGUGAUUUAAACCCAGGACAGACCGCACCACUGACUUCAAGUCCUCCUAUACCAACUUCAAGCCACUGCCACUAUGUCCUAGCUAACAGCAGUCCAGUUCCCUUCCCUGACCACCCUGUCCCUUAAGCCCCAGUCCCUUUCUCCAUCUUCUCCCCCUCUCACCGUCCCUUAUCUCCUCUCCUGAUGUGGUGAUUUCUGGUGGAAGCCCCAGCAGCACCCCGCCUGGCGUGAUGAGCAGCCUGCACCAGCAACAUCAUGGCAGCACAGGCUCAGAGCGAGAUCUUCACUCUGCCGCCUCCUCUGUCAGCCUCCCUUCAGUUAGAAAGACCCCCAAGAAGCGCCGUCUGUCCCUCCACUCACUCUUUGGUCGACGGCGCCGGCCUGACCGCGACCCCAAGCGCAAGUCCAGGACUCUGCAGUCCGGAGCUGGAGUGGACGGCGUUGUCAGCACUGAAAUUGUGCAGUCAGAGACUUUCCAUGAUAAAACUUCUGCCCAUUCUUUACCAGGUGUAGCAUCAACUUCAUCAGUGUCAGGGUCUUCAUCAGAGCUGCUGGAGUGCCCCUUGUGCCUACUGCGCCAUGCACGUGAGCGCUUCCCAGACAUCAUGACCUGUCACCACCGCUCAUGUGCAGACUGCCUGCGACAGUAUCUGCGCAUCGAGAUCUCAGAGUCUCGUGUCAACAUCAGCUGCCCUGAGUGCUCAGAGCGAUUCAAUCCCCACGACAUCCGGAUGAUCCUGGGAGACCGAGCCCUCAUGGAGAAGUACGAGGAGUUCAUGCUGAGGAGGUGGCUGGUGGCUGAACCUGACUGCCGCUGGUGUCCUGCCCCAGACUGCGGUUAUGCAGUAAUUGCAUUUGGCUGCGCCAGCUGCCCAAAGAUCACCUGUGGACGCGAGGGCUGUGGGACAGAGUUCUGCUACCACUGCAAACAGCUGUGGCAUCCCAACCAGACAUGUGACACGGCACGGCAACAAAGGGCCCAGAACCUCCGGCUGAGGAGUUUCAGGUCCUCCUCCCUCAGCUACAGCCAAGAGAGUGGAGCCGCAGGUGAUGACAUCAAGCCAUGUCCUCGUUGUGCUGCUUACAUCAUCAAGAUGAAUGAUGGAAGCUGUAAUCACAUGACCUGCGCUGUCUGCGGCUGCGAGUUUUGCUGGCUCUGCAUGAAGGAGAUCUCUGACCUGCACUAUUUAAGUCCAUCAGGCUGCACCUUCUGGGGAAAGAAGCCCUGGAGCAGAAAGAAGAAGAUUCUCUGGCAGCUCGGCACGUUGGUGGGAGCACCCGUGGGCAUCGCCCUUAUUGCUGGCAUCGCCAUUCCCGCAAUGAUCAUUGGUAUCCCAGUCUAUGUGGGUAGGAAGAUCCAUAACCGCUAUGAGGGCAAAGACAUUUCCAAACACAAGAGGAACUUGGUAAUAGCUGGUGGUGUGACGCUGUCUGUGAUCGUGUCGCCUGUGGUUGCUGCAGUCACUGUUGGCAUCGGUGUUCCCAUCAUGCUCGCUUACGUCUACGGAGUUGUCCCGAUCUCACUGUGUCGGAGCGGCGGCUGUGGAGUGUCUGCCGGCAACGGCAAAGGGGUGCGAAUCGAGUUUGACGAUGAAAAUGACAACAUAGGCAGUGGGGCUGCAGCCACAGACACAACCUCGGUGGCAGAGACGCGGCUCAACAAUCCCAGCCUCGGUGACGGAGCGAGCGUGGGCGGUCUGACGGGCCUGAGCCUCAGUGUCAGCGGGAGCCACAUGGAGCGCUGCGGCAUGAGCUCCACUCAGAGGGACAACAUGAGUGACAACGCCAGCACCACAGCCCUCGCCGGGACCAGCAUCACUGGCAGCCUGUCUGGCAGCUGCUACAACAGGAUGGAAGUGCAGGCUGACGUCCAGAAGGAGCGCUGCAGUCUGAGCGGAGAGUCAGCCACUGUCAGUCUUGGGACAAUCAGUGACAACGCGAGCACAAAAGCCAUGGCAGGAUCCAUCCUCAAUGCCUACAUGCCUCUGGAAAGAGACAAUAGUCUGGAAAUUCAGGCAGAUGUGGAGUCCAAACAGGAGAAGGUGAGACACUGCAGUGCCAGCAGCAGCCUGGAUGAAGCUAGCUGUAGCAGUAGCACCGCUGGCCUCAAAGGUGCUAGCGGUGGCGUAUGCCCCUGCUCAUGCCCCUCCACCUGCUGCUGUACACAGCAUGACAACCACUGCUGCCCCUCGUCUCCCUGGUCAAAGGAGCCCUCCACUUCAGGGGGCAAAAAGAGCAAAGGAAAGCUUUGGAAAAGAGCUAGCAGCAGCAAAGGAGAAACAAAAAUGAAUGAAACACAAGGAUAUAUGGAUGCUCAGCUCCUUGAGCAGCGAAGCACUAACUCCUCUGAGUUUGAUUCUCCAUCACUGAGCGGCAGCCUGCCCUCUGUGGCCGACUCGCACUGUAGCCACUUCUCAUCAGAGCUCAGCUGCUCAGAUCCUGAAACCUCAAGACCAGCUCACCCACCCUGCUCCGCCCCAAUGGAAACCCACACUCACCAUCCCGCCACCGCCGCCUUCAAUGACAUCACCAUCACACCCAUGCCUGAGGUGGAGAAUGACCGCCUGGAGCACUAUCCAUCACAGAGUAGCCACGUGGCCUUCACCCACCACCUGCUGCUGUCUGCAUCUCCACCUGCUUCACCAAAAGAGGGAAGUAGUGGGAAGUUUCUGUACAUCAGCGAGGAGAGCGUUGGCAAUGUCGCAGGCAUGGAGCCGGUGGAGGACGAGAGCAUGAACGAGACCACCAACAACACUGCAGUACAGCCUGUAAGCCCGACGAGGAAGCGCUGUAUACAAACAGACAUCUAAAGCAACUCUUCACCCCUUCUGCUGUUGGCUUUGUCACCACUGCUUGCUCAAUUAGCCUUAUCACCUAAUUUCACUCUUGAGCGAAGCAGCCAAUUCAUCUUUGGAAGCUGGGGGUCAAGUUUAAGGUAAUAUUAUAUUUUUAUCUGCUGUGGAGGCAGGAAUAUUAUGUGAAUGUCAGUCUGCACAGUUGCAGAGAGGGUCAAGGUCUAAGUUAGAGAAAGAUUUGUGAGUAAACAGAAGCACAGUAAAGUCAAAGCCAAUGGUUUGGUUCUGUUAUUCAGGCAGGACAACCAGGCGUGUGAAGAGGUUGUUGACGCUGGAGCAGCAAGGCUUAUAGAAGGUAGAGCUGAAUGUUUGUGGGCAGGUGUAAAGCAGGAUAUCAGUGUGGUGAGAUACUACACAAGGCUGUUUAUUUAUCCAGCUGUUAUGAUGAUCUGCAAAGUCUGACAUUUUCAGUCUGCACCCCUAAUGAUUUUCUGAAUCAAAACCUUUUCCUAAAGCUUACAAAAAGCAGAACUGAUAAAGCUGGAUGAGAGCGAGUAAAAUGUCUGAUAUUCUUUUCAAUAGUAAAUUGAGCUGCUAUUAUGAAGCAUCACCGAUCCUCCUUCAUUGCAUCUGCAAAAAUCUGGGUUCUUCAGGGUUUGCAUGAAUCAGGGAGGAGAUGUCAUCACUGUGGUCCACCACUGUGCCACCACUUCAUUCUGUGACUUCUUAAUGGUGAGAAACACAACAGCUAAAGGAUUGUUGAACCUUCUGUCGAGCGUCCAAACCUAAGCGGGACCAGUCCAGUAACAGAUUUUAUUUUUCCAUAAUCAUUGAUAAAGAAGUGAUUAUAAUUGCUUUUGUUUAAAAUGUGACCCUUGUUUUUUGUGCUAUGUAUUUGCUUAUUUUUAUUUUCCAUUUUGGGAAAGUUGGUUUUAAUGUUGAAGCCCUGUGUUGGGUCCAAACUUUUCAGUAUAAUGGGGUGGGAAUUGUGUUGACAAAGCUCAAGCCCUUCCUCGUUUUUAAUUAUUGUGAAUUUAAGUUGCCAUUUUGCAUAAUUUAAGUCUUCACAAGCCCCUGUCUACAGUGGUAAAAAUAGUUAUUUGUUUGUGGUUGCACCUGUGCAAAAAUGGAACUUUUUCACUGCAGUUUUUAGUAUAUCAUUGAAUUAUGAGAGUUGUAUUCAAAAAAGGGAAUUUUGUUAUUCCCUGUAAACUGAGAGAUGCAAAAAACCAGCAUCAAUUUUUAAUUUGAAAGUGUAGCAUGUUAUAGGGCUUGUUUUAGUAAUCAGUCACUAAAACUGGAAAGCCAUCCAAACACUAUUUCUUAUAAGAAAAAUAACCUGUCAAGUAACUAUACAACAAGAGCGGAUGUGUCCAAUAAGGGAAACACAUCAACUUCAAAAAUAGGUUUGUUGUGCAAUGAGAAACUUCUUGUGUAUUGGAGCACAUCCAUCUUUCAGUGGUUUAAUAUUCAGUAGUGAAUAUAUGGUAAUAAUGUUACAUUUUUGAUUCUCCCUCAGUAAUAUCCAAAUCAAAAUAUUAUUUUUGAUUCAGAGCUUUGGGUGUAUUUUAACUACAAUAUGUUUUAAAGUUGUUUCUUGAAUCCUUGCAAAUGAUUGAUGCAAAUAAUUUUAUAUUUGUUGGACCCACGGUGCCUUUUGGGGAAAAAUCCUUUGUAUAGUGUUUUUUAUUUUAUUUUAUUUUCCUCAUUCUGUAUGUCUUCAAAUGAUAAACAUAAAAAUCAUAAGAGAAUGAAUAAUGUUUGCCUCAUUAAAUGCUUGAAAUGCACGAAAGCUGAUGCUAAAUACUCAUCCUCCCAGUAGCUUGUUAAGCCUACCAAAGACUGCUCUCAGGCCACUGUGGUGUAGACUACGACACUCAACACAACUGUUAAUGGUGUUUGAUGGUACCAGAAGGAUUUCCUUGAAAUCUUCACACGAUUAGAGUUCAGUCCAUAAAGUUGAAAAAUGGCUUCUGUAGACCAGAUAAGUCAUGGCAAUACAACUUUGGAUUAAACCUAAUUAGGGGGCACUAGUUUAAAUCUCAAGACCAAAAUAUUUGUUUGUGGUUAAGUCAUUUUUAGGAAUAAUAAUUUGGAAAAUGUUUCCCUGAAGUAGCCAAAGUCUGAAAGUUGGUGGAAUUUAUGUGCUGUGGGAAGGUUAGUCAGCACGUGUUGGUAAUAAAACCCUUCUUAUCCAAAGCGAUCAGCAUCAAGAGUGUCUGAGUGCAGUAAGACUUCAUCUUGUGUUCAGCAGCUGCAGUGACCACAGAUUGCUCUGCCAUCUCAGCUGGUCGAGCUCAGCAUGAGCUGUCUCAGAGUGCAGAGCUUGUCUUCACCAGAGUAGCUGUGUUGAUGACUAAAAGAAAGUUUUGGUGCAAUACAACAGCCUCCAGCUGCAGGAUAUUCCCACCUCGUUUAUGUUCCUUCUGUUGAAAAAUGCCUGUUUAAUUCCUGUGAGUUUUAUAUUAUUAUUUGAAGACUAGUGCCAGGUCUGUUUUUUAGCUUGGUCAAAAGCAGUGUAUGCUAUUUGAAAAAGUAUAUAUUUCCUAAUCAUUUGCUUUAUAAUGUGCAUGUAAAUGCAUAUCUUUAAACAAAUUCUGUCAAAUAAAAUUCUGAAUCAAG